CCUCAACAUCCAGCCCACCUUGACUAACCGGGCAUCACGAGAGGCGGCGUCUCGAUUUCAUUGUGAACCCGGAAUCUCGCUAGCGCAUCACAUGACAACCGUACCGGAUGCCUUGCCGGCAGCGUCGCGCUACGCAACCGAGGGCUAUCGUGUUGAGACGUACUUAGACCAGAUGAGGCGCCGGCGAGUGCCCCAUUCCCCAUCACAAGCGUCCCGUACUUCGCAUCACAAUGGUUUCUGAACCCAAGAUCGUCCGUGAGGGACACCCCAUCCGCGACUGCCGCCCGUACAAGGUCAUCUUCAUCGGGGCGGGCCUCCUCGGCAUUCACUUCGCCGCGCGCAUUCAGCAGUAUGGCCCCGGCAUUGAGGCCGUAGUUUACGAGCGUAACCCCGACGUAGGCGGCACCUGGUACAACAACACGUACCCCGGCGUCGCGUGCGACGUCCCGAGCCACGGAUACACUCUGAGCUGGUGCCCGUGGGGCGGGUGGCGUCGGUUCCAGGCGCCGGGUGAGGAUUGCCAGCGCUACGCUGAGUUCGCGGCGAGCAAGACCAACAUCCGCGACAUCACGCGGUUCAACACACGCGUCCUGAGUGCCAAGUGGGACGAGAACGCUGCCGAGUGGACGGUCGAGCUCGAAGAUGUCAACACCGGUGAGAAGUGGACCGACUCGGCCCCCGUUCUCAUCAACGGCUCGGGCGUGCUCUCCAAGCCCAAGCUUCCCAACCUCCCCGGGAUGGACAAGUUCAAGGGACGCCAGUUCCACUCGGCGAAGUGGAACAAGACGCCGACAUCCGAGCUCAAGGGCCUGCGCGUGGCGCUUGUGGGUGCGGGCUCGACGUCGCUCCAGAUCCUCCCAGAGAUCCAGAAGGAGGCCGCUCACGUCGACCAGUACAUCCGGUCUGAGACAUGGGUUGUCACGCCGUUCGGCGCCGACGUGCGCGCGGCCUUCUGGGGCCUUGACCCCGUCCAGGCGUUCAGCAGUGAUGAAGAGAGCUUCUCAAACCCGUUCUACUCGGAUGAGCAGAAGGAAAAGCUCACGAACGACGCGGCGUUCAUGCAGAAGCACCGCAAGGACAUCCUGGACAGCACCAACAAGAUGUUUGCCUACGGUCUCACCGAGCUCGACAGUGAGGCGCGCAAGCAGGGCGAGGCCAUGUACGUCGAGAUGACCAAGGCCAAGCUCGCCAAGCGCCCCGACCUCCUUGACCUCUUCCUACCCAAGUGGAGCAUUGGGUGCCGUCGCCUCACGCCGGCUGUCGGCUACUUCAACGCUAUCACCUCGGACAACGUCGAUGCCGUGCGUACAUCCGUCGUCAGCGUGGACGAGACCGGCCUGACCGGCGCCGACGGCAAGCACCGCGAGUAUGACUGCAUCAUCUGGUCGACGGGCUUCGACACGUCCUUCUACCCCUCCUUCAGCGUCACUGGCCGCAACGGCAGCCAGCUGUACCCCGUCGAGGCGCGGGCGUACCUUACCGCCCACGCCGAGGACAUGCCCAACUAUUUCACCAUCGGUGGCCCCGGCCUCAUGAGCUUCAACGGCGAUUACCUUGGCGGCCUCGAGAAGAUCCUCGACCACAUCCUUCACUUCGUCUUCAAGCUCCAGCGCGAGCGCUACCAGAGCGUCUGCGUCAAGACCCAGAGCGUCAUCGACUUCACCGACUACAUCGACGAGUACCUCAAGCGGACCGUGCACACCCAAAACUGCAGCAGUUGGUACAAAAACGGCUCCAAGGACGGCAAGGUGCGCGCCAUCUGGUGUGGAACCAGUCUGCACCUGUACGACGCCCUCCUCCAGCCUGCAUGGGAGGAAUUUGACUGGGAGCGCUACCCACAUGAGCGUGCAGGGCCCGCGCGCUUCAACUGGCUCGGCAACGGGCGCACGCGCUCAGAGCUGGCAAACGGUGACUUUACCUGGUACAUUCCCGAGGUCAACGCAGGUGACAUCAAGGUUCCCACGGCCAAGGACACGACGCCCCUCCACGACCUGUACAACUUUUAGGCAACGAUACAUUCAGAAGAUUUAGUGACACAAUACUUGUCGGUAUGCAAUGGAGAUACCCAC